UUGCCUUGUCAAAUAGGAACUUGUUUGUCUUUGUGGUUCAUCAGUGUCGCAAGAGCGGAUUUGUUAAAGUAACAGAUAGUAGGCUAUAAUGCGCGCGGAGGAGAGGAAGGGGCUGCAGUCUUCUGUGUCUCUCACAAACAAACGAGCUCUGGAUUCAAAUCGAGUCGCAACUGACAAUAUUAUCAUUUUAUCAAACGAAUAGCGAACGCUCUGUGCUAAAUCUAUACCAGUAUUCAAAUAAUAGGACUAAUGUAACCGUUACAUUUAAGAUUUUACGUUUUUUUUAUUUUUUUUUAUUUUUUUUUUAUUAAUCUUUCUGAAAUGUUGAUGCGAGGAAAAUUUAAAUUUUAAUCUGGUUAAACUUGCUGAAAGGUUUCAUAUUAUGACCCUUUUUACUCAUAUUGUGUAUUUUGGUGGUUGAUUUAUUUUUUUUGGAAGUUAAAUCUCAUUUAUAAUGUGGACGCGAUCUACACUCAAGUUUCUCCUCGGUGUUUUAGCUGCGAUUAAAGUUCAGCCUGCCCCAGAAGAGCUGUGUCCUCGACAAGAGCCCCUUCCUGGAGUUUUGGUCUUGAAGUUGGGAAGCAAUGUUGUGUUUGGCUGCAGGGGCAGUAUCACUGUGGACGGUGUGCCAUUGGCUUCAGCCAGUGUCAUGAAUAAAAAAUACAGCAAGCAGAGAGACAUCACAGUCAGCUGGACAUCCCAAAAGCGUUAUGCUAGUGCUACACAGCUAACCAGUAUGAAGGGAAAUGCUACAAAUGGGACAUACCAAAACACUGAUUCUGCAAUGCACACCAAUGCUAAAGGGGACACAACGGUCACUGUUAAACCUCCUGUAACCAUAAGAAAGGAGCAACACACUUCUAGACGUGUUUUGCGUGCUGUCACUCAAACUACUGGACAGGAGGAAGAGGUCUUCGGUAUCACCAUGGGGACAGAUUUUGAGCAAGAUGAUUACGAGGACUAUGAUUAUGAAGAGGAACGGUCCAGGGUGACAAGAGGCAUCAAAAAGAAAACACGCUGGACUCUCAAUGGACGACAAGUGCAUGCUGGAGUGGAAAGGGGAAUGAUUUUAAGACGGCCUCAUCUCAGCUUGGCAGAUGCUGGGAAUUACAGCUGCUACAGAGGAGAGAGACUCAUUUCCACAGUCAGAAUCAGCGUAGGGGUGCCCCCAGAGAGACCCACUCUCUACUGCUACAGGAAGUUUCACACAAGUAAAGUCCGCUGUGAUUGGACUUCCAAAAAUCCAGUAACCCCACGGCCACUGUGUUACCUUAUUAUAAGACGAUUUUUUGGCAACGCCACUCGUAUCCCUUGUUCAUUCUCCCGCUCCCGCUGUUGGUGUGCUUUUCAUAUGGAAGAGGGUGACAGAGAUCUCCAUAAAGCAAAACUGUGCGUGUCUAACACAGCAGGCAGUGCCAUGAGCACUUACCUCAACUUCAAGCUGCACGACAUCCUUAAGCCAGACCCUCCGGCUCAAGUGGUGGUGAAAGCAGUUGAGGGUCAGAAGCAUAGGCUUGAAGUAUACUGGUCUUAUCCCAGUUCCUGGAAGCAUGGCUUCUAUGUCUUGCAUUUCCAGCUGAGAUACAGACCACAAUUCCAUGAGCAGUACCAGACAGUGCUUAUAGAUGACAGGAUGGACAGACAGUUGUCCUGGACGAUUUAUGAUGCUCUGCCACACAUUCAGUAUGAAGUGCAGCUCAAGGCCAAGGAUGAGUUCGACGGCGUCUGGAGUGACUGGACUGACACGGUCUAUGCAGUCACUUGGACAGCUCCUGAGACGACUACUACCUCUGAGAGUAUUACUUUGGAGCCCCUUGAGACGUUUCCUGAAGGUUCAGGAGGAUCUGGAGAAGACCCUGGUGUAGAAUCAGAGGCAAUAGAUGAGGCUGAUUAUACUGCAUAUGCUAGAGUGUGGCUGUAUGUGCCGUGUGUUUUUGGGAUGUGUUUUCUUGUAGUCUUCACCCUGCUUACAGUCCAUUUACUCAGGAAUAGGCUGCAUUUCAUGUCUAAAAUAGGAAAACAGACUUUGCCCUUUGCAUUCUUCCUUCAUUCCCCUCGACCUGUUCCUGCUCCUGUUCUCUCUGAGCAGCUUCCAGAGGAGGGAAAGUCACUGAUGUCUCCUCCCAAAUACAGCCAGGAAGACUUCCUUCCUGUUCAGCAAGAGCUGCAGGAGUGCAUUCAUCUGCAUAACAUGGAUUACUUCCUGUCUCCAGGCAAAGACAGACAUGAGUAAACAGAAGAAAUAUACUGUGAUAGACUAAGAAUCACACAAUGGGAUUUGUGUUCAAUAACAGUAUUGUGAGUGCAAACUCAAGUAUGAGUGUUACUGUAUAGACAAAGCAAUUCAUCUUGUUCUGCAUUAUUUUUGAAUACUAUCAGAACCAUUUGUAAAUAAUAAUUUUUAAAGCAAUUACUAUAAAAUGCCUGCCAUCUGUUGACAAUGUGAAGCUAAAGCACUUUUAUUAAUAGCUCUGGAUGUGAGUGUCUGCUAAAAGCCUUAAGUGAAUGUUAAGAUAAUCUCAUUCAACAUAAAAAAAAAAUGAUUUAGACGCAUACCUUGUUUAAAAAAUAUAUAUAGGAAUUGAGAUUAUGGUGAGUAACUUACAGUGAAAGUGAGUGGGACCAAUUUUUGGCGGAUGUGAAGCGUUUUAUCAUUUAAGGGUUUUAUGAAUUAUUACAUUAUUCAAAUAUGUCCAUUGUAAAACCAUUGUAAAAUGGUACACAACUUGACAGAGAAAAUGCUAGAAAGACCACAUUCACACAAGUGCAGAAUACUGUUGUCAUUACUGUAUUUGAGUUCUUAAAGAGACAGUUCACCAAAAAAUGGAAAUUGAUUUACUCACUUUCAAACCAUCCUAUGUUUAUUCUUCUAUUCCUUCUUCUUUCAGAUGAAUACAGUUUGAGUUAUAUAAAACAAAAUCCUGGCUCUUACAAGCUUUACAAUGGCAAAUUGAAUUGUGGUCCAAAUUUUGAAGCAAAAUUAAGUGCAUCCAUCCAUCAUAUAAAAUGUGUUCCACUUGAUUCAAUAAAGGCUUUCUGAAGCGAAGUGAAGCAUUUGUGUUAGAAAUAUAUAUAUAUAUACUUAUUGAACCAAAUUUCUAGCUUCCACUAAGUGUCAUACACAUAUUCACGAGAGAGCGGAGAGAGGAUAGGUGUAGCCAGUUUUAUUUGCAGCACAAGAAAACCAGUCACCUUUUGACCAUUCUUCUUUACAAAUCCUCGUUUUGUGCUUUUAAUUCAUUACUGCUGUUUUGUUUUAUUUUGAUCUCUCCUCUUACCAGAGCUUAUGGUAUGUCUGCGUCCUACACGUCAUCCACAGGCCACUCUCUCGUGAACACACAUAUGACAGUUAGCAGAAGCAUGAGAUUACAGUUCAUAAAGUUUAAAAUAUGGGUAUUUUUCUUUCACAAAUGAUUCAUUAAGGUCUUUAUUAACCUCUCAGAGCCGUGUGGAGUACUUUUUAUGAUGGAUGGAUGCACUUUUUGCUUCAAAAUCUUGACUGCCAUUCACUGCCAUUAUAAAGUUUGGAAGAGACAGGACGUUUUUAAAAUACAACUCCGACUCCAUUCACCUGAAGGAUGAAAGUCAUAUACACCUCUCCACUCAGAUAAAAGAAGAUUUACGGAUGAACUGGUGGCUCAGUUGGACUCUUGUCAUUUCAAAAAGUGAAAAGACAUCAGUUUUUUGUAUGUCGCCAUCACUGAUAUUACUUUAGUCACUGUCACUGUGGUUACUGAUAAGGAACAAAGGUUUGAUUUGUUUGGUUCGCUGCGCAUUGAUAGACAGUAUUUGAGACGCUACUGUAAGUCGCUGUGUGACUGGGACAUUUUUAGAAGUACAUGCGGUUGUCAAUCCCAAAAACUGAUAGUGUGAAGGUAUCUUAAAUUAUUCUUUCACAUUGAUGCUAAACAUACUGUUUUCAUCUUUUUCCGUAUUAUUGAAGCUAGAUUUUAAUGUGUACAGAUUGGCCCCAUACACCUUCCACUGUAAAACUAAUUUUAAUUUGACAUUUUAAAGAAAGGUUUAACUUGCAUUGAACCUGGAUGUAAAUUUUGUGUUUGCAAAUAUGCCUGCUGAUUAAAGAUAAUGUACUUACAGAAGACCAGAAAUCACCUGUUGGGAGAAGUGCUAGUGAGCUAUUUUUUAAUUCACAGUUACACCAGUUUACUCCAGGGAGAGUAAUUUUAUUUGAAUAUGGCAUAGAAUAAGGAAUAUUGUGAAGUGUUUGUACAGAGUUUUAAACAUGGUUCAUAUUGAAUAUAUGCUGGAUUAUAUUUUAAUUUCAA